AUGUCCAGCGCCAAUCGCCUAAGGAGGGUGAGUGUGCAGGUGAGUGUGCAGGUGAGUGUGCAGGCGAGUGUGCAGGCGAGUGUGCAGGCGAGUGUGCAGGUGAGUGUGCAGAUGAGUGCAGGUGAGUGUGCAGGUGGAGUGUGCAGGUGGAGUGUGCAGGUGGAGUGUGCAGGUGGAGUGUGCAGGUGGAGUGUGCAGGUGGAGUGUGCAGGUGGAGUGUGCAGGUGGAGUGUGCAGGUGGAGUGUGCAGGUGGAGUGUGCAGGUGGAGUGUGCAGGUGGAGUGUGCAGGUGGAGUGUGCAGGUGGAGUGUGCAGGUGGAGUGUGCAGGUGGAGUGUGCAGGUGGAGUGUGCAGGUGGAGUGUGCAGGUGGAGUGUGCAGGUGGAGUGUGCAGGUGGAGUGUGCAGGUGGAGUGUGCAGGUGGAGUGUGCAGGUGGAGUGUGCAGGUGGAGUGUGCAGGUGGAGUGUGCAGGUGGAGUGUGCAGGUGGAGUGUGCAGGUGGAGUGUGCAGGUGGAGUGUGCAGGUGGAGUGUGCAGGUGGAGUGUGCAGGUGGAGUGUGCAGGUGGAGUGUGCAGGUGGAGUGUGCAGGUGGAGUGUGCAGGUGGAGUGUGCAGGUGGAGUGUGCAGGUGGAGUGUGCAGGUGGAGUGUGCAGGUGGAGUGUGCAGGUGGAGUGUGCAGGUGGAGUGUGCAGGUGGAGUGUGCAGGUGGAGUGUGCAGGUGGAGUGUGCAGGUGGAGUGUGCAGGUGGAGUGUGCAGGUGGAGUGUGCAGGUGGAGUGUGCAGGUGGAGUGUGCAGGUGGAGUGUGCAGGUGGAGUGUGCAGGUGGAGUGUGCAGGUGGAGUGUGCAGGUGGAGUGUGCAGGUGGAGUGUGCAGGUGGAGUGUGCAGGUGGAGUGUGCAGGUGGAGUGUGCAGGUGGAGUGUGCAGGUGGAGUGUGCAGGUGGAGUGUGCAGGUGGAGUGUGCAGGUGGAGUGUGCAGGUGGAGUGUGCAGGUGGAGUGUGCAGGUGGAGUGUGCAGGUGGAGUGUGCAGGUGGAGUGUGCAGGUGGAGUGUGCAGGUGGAGUGUGCAGGUGGAGUGUGCAGGUGGAGUGUGCAGGUGGAGUGUGCAGGUGGAGUGUGCAGGUGGAGUGUGCAGGUGGAGUGUGCAGGUGGAGUGUGCAGGUGGAGUGUGCAGGUGGAGUGUGCAGGUGGAGUGUGCAGGUGGAGUGUGCAGGUGGAGUGUGCAGGUGGAGUGUGCAGGUGGAGUGUGCAGGUGGAGUGUGCAGGUGGAGUGUGCAGGUGGAGUGUGCAGGUGGAGUGUGCAGGUGGAGUGUGCAGGUGGAGUGUGCAGGUGGAGUGUGCAGGUGGAGUGUGCAGGUGGAGUGUGCAGGUGGAGUGUGCAGGUGGAGUGUGCAGGUGGAGUGUGCAGGUGGAGUGUGCAGGUGGAGUGUGCAGGUGGAGUGUGCAGGUGGAGUGUGCAGGUGGAGUGUGCAGGUGGAGUGUGCAGGUGGAGUGUGCAGGUGGAGUGUGCAGGUGGAGUGUGCAGGUGGAGUGUGCAGGUGGAUGGCCCCUGCAGCGACUCACAUGCGUAUUUGCCUGA